AUGAACGAAUCUUUCAAAUACCAGUACUUGAUGGCUCGAAAUAAGUACAGCCUUAGUGGUAUGAUAGGUGUUGUCGUUGAAGAAUUCUUACCUGACAAAUACGAAAGGUAAGAUGCCUUGUUGCUGUUUGACAGUGCAUGUUAGUUCACAUAUUAUUUAUUAUUUACUGUAAUUAGUUCAUUAAUCGACAGCACAGCCAAGUAGGAAAACUAAGCUUAAAAGACGUUUCCACGAGACACGCCAUAUUCUGCCAUCGCAUUAUUGCGCAUGACAGGAUUAAUAAACAGGAGUGAGGAGUCGUAGAAAUUUAACAAUUAAUUUGUUUCGUUAAAACUUCAGGUCAGUUACUUUAUGAUGUAAAAUGUGAAAACACCGUGACCGAGUGUCACGCCCACGAGAGUCAAUCCUUCACAUUUUAUGUCAUUGAUUGCAAAUUGCUAGUGUUUGUUGCUUGCCCCCCCCCCCUUGCAAUUUAAUGUAACACCUGUUUCUUAUAAUCUUAUAAGGUAUAUAGAGCUCAACACAAAAAAUAGCGGAGGAUACCAGCGGUACAAUAUACAUAUAUGCCGCAAUAUUUGCAUAACAAACCAAGACCGUUCAUUAACCAUUGUAUGGCUCGCAUAUCAUCGGCUGCUGAUUUCCCUGCAUUGAGACGGUCGCGGAGGGUUCUGGUAAUUUUAAAUGCAAAUCACAAUCCGAAAGUAACCUUUUGUACAACCUAAGCUUUGGUGAUGCAAAAAACAUGCCAAGAUGCUCCUGUCCAGAUUUUAGUCGCAAUGGUUUACCAUGUCGGCACUUUUUUGCAGUUUUCAAUUGCUACCCAAAUGCAAUGGACUUCAUUACCAGGUCAAUAUACAGAACAUCCCAACAUCUCUCUUGACGGAAAUUCAAUCUCAACCCACACAAUUAACAGAAACGUCUUAAAUGACAUUUCUAACGUGGAAACGAACUUAGAGCAUGAUAUUUUGGAAAAAGGGCAAAAGCUCCAAAAUAUUUUGUUCCAAGACAGAAGGAUACUCAAAAGGAAGCAAAAACGUGCAGGGAAAUUUUGAAAUGACUAACUGACAUGACGUAUAACAUAGAGAAUGCAACUGCCUUAUCUGAGACAAGAAAUACUUUGAAACUGUUGCUAGAUAACUUGUCAAAACACCAAACCUUUGAUGAUGAGAAGGAAAACAACCUGUGUUACAAUGUUCAGGUCAAACCUCCAGUAGACACCAAAUUAAAUGCUCAAAGCAAGACGACGACAUACCUGCCCUUACCAUUAAAGCCAAAGAAGAAGACAUACUCCAGCAGAGUUGGCCAAUUUGCAUCUAUGAUGCAAAAACACUAUUGAGUGGAUGUUGCCCUCCAUGCUGAGAAUGAAAACAGCAGUGGAAAAACAAAGAAACCUAAGUCGGAUGUUUGUAAAAAGAGGAAGAAGAUGCAAGAACACAAACGGAAAGAUACUAGUUCAAAAAAAGGAAAUUGGUCAAAACUACUGCAUGUAGUCUCAGGGGUAAGACAUCAUUCAAAUCCCCCACGCCAUCAGACAAUGCAGAGUUUGUGAUAUCAAGCUUGCCAGGUGACGACAUACCCAAAUUAAAUCAAAGUGAUAUUUCGUCUCCAGAUACGAACAGAAAGGCUUUUGAUGAGAACUUAUCACAUGAAGGGGAAGUUAUGUCAAAGGCAACUUUGGAUGACGAAGUUAUAAUAACAUCUGUGACAACUAGCACGGGUCAAAUAACCAAAAGAUUAAAGAGAAUAAUUGAUCAAGAAGAGUUAUCAGUUAUUUCCAAUUAUAAAAUGCUGACAGAUAUGUCAAUCAAUUGUGCACAGAACAUCCUUCAUGAAACAGUUCCAUCCAUAGCAGGUCUAGACGAAACUACAAUUGGUUUAAAACUUCUUUUUACUGCUCAAAAGCAAGAAUUUGUGCAGAUUCUUCAUGAUGGUUGUAACCACUGGGUAUGUGUUUCCAAUAUCGGAUGCAAAAAGGGCGAGAUAAAUUAUUAUGACAGCCUGUACCAUUGGAAAAAUUAACCCCCAUGUGCAAAAGCAGAUUGCAAGCCUGCUUCAUGAAGAGUUAGAUCACAUAAAGAUACACAUCAAGGCAUCACAACAGCAAAGUAAUGGAGUUGACUGUGGUGUUUUUGCCAUAUCAUGUGCAACUAACCUGCUCUAUGGAAAGGAUCCAUCCAAAGUAAAUAUAAAAGAAUCGCUAAUGCGAGGUCAUUUAGUAAACUGUCUAGUCAGCAAUGUGCUUUCUCCAUUCCUACAAGAGGAUGAGAAAACUGUCUCCCGAUGCCAUGAAUACACCAUGAUUGUUUGGCUGUACUGCUUUUGUCGCCUUCUAUGGUUCGAAGAAGACAAAACAGUGCAAAGUCUAAGGGUGACUCAGUGUGAUAAAUGUGAUGAAUGGUUCCACCAAGGAUGUGCCAAAACCAAGGAAGAUAUUUUCAUGAGGAAAAACCAGUGCUGGAUAUGCACAAAGUGUCUUCCUGGACAUUGGACAUACUGUAUAUAUGUUACAACUGUUACAG